AUGACCAUGACGGCGUCGCGAUACCGGGCUCGCAAGCAAAAGGUUUUCCGGUCCGUGUUCCAGACCGACAUCUCCCAACCGACUCCUCGGUCGACUCCCGUCGCGGCAUUCACCGAGCACGGCGUCGCCUUUGGUGGUCCACACGCGUUGUCGCCUCAGCAGCAGAGAGCUGCUCCACCACCGCCGCCGCUCUUCCAUCAGACUCUCCAUCAGCCCAGCGACCAGGUGAGGUGGGAUCGAGCAUGGCACGUCGUCACCUCCAGGAUCCAGCUGCCGACCUCAGUUGCCGCCGAGGACUCGUUUGGCGCCCUGUCGCAGGAGUCACAGGACAUUGACCUGGACUUCCGAGACUCCCUGGCCUUGCUCCUCUACCCUGGCCGUGCAUUGCCGCAGGCUGCGCACACGGAGGACAUCCUGCUCUGGCACACGCAGCAGGUUCGCCAGCACUUUGUUCACCAUGUUAUGCCGUUGCUGGCCGCCUGCGCCAGCCAAACCGACCAGACGCAGAUCCUGCUCUCGAGCAUAUCGACCCUUGAGGCUGCCCAUCGUCAGUAUCUGUACGGACUGACGCUCAUCGCCCAGGGAUUUGAAGAUGAAGCGUCGGCAGACGCAGCUCUCACCAAGUUCCGUCGAGACUUGCACGCCAUCAUUGGAAACUCUCUCAACCAGGGAUUAACAAGUGCCAUCCGCACCGUUCUUCAACGGCUAGUUCAUCUGAAUCUCGGUAUUGGCAAGCGCUAUGAUGGGACGGCAUCAGAACCUGCAGACGAUGGUGAUGACUCAGUUGCUCGGAAAGAGCUUCUAGGUCUGCUAGAGUCUCUGCAGAAUGUUGGUCUAGCUGGCGAGAAGUUUCAGGUACUGUUUGCUGAAAUUAUGGACGCGAGCAUGGAGGAGUUUAUCAAGACUUCAUAUUCGGGAGUCUGGCAGUUACCGGAAUCGUCAACAUCAUCUCCGGGUGCGCCUACGGGCUGUCUCGCUCAUCUUUCUGAGUGGGUUGAGAAUGUUUACGGACGUCUCGCUGUUGAAGUCUUCAGCCGCCUUGGAACUCGCAUUGCCUGGAACGACGUAGAAUGUUGGAAGGAAAUCGCUGUUGGACGCCUAGCGACACUGCGGAUUCAGGAGCUCUUCGACAUUGCCCUCAACUGGCCAGAGAGUAAAGGGGGUCUUGAUGACCUCCGCUCAGCUGUUACGACACCACAGCGCCGCUUGCAGCUCACGGAUGCGUUCUCGAUGGCUCUACAGACACGCCUUCUUCACCCCGGCCGAUCUACGCUGGAUAUCCUCCAAACCUACAUCUCUAUGAUCAGGACAUUUCAUGCGCUAGAUCACUCAAAGGUGCUGCUUGAUCGUGUCGUCCAUGCGCUGCAGUUAUAUCUCUGCCAGAGGGAUGAUGCCAUCCGGAUUGUCGUCACAGGCCUACUUUCCAACCCCAACAGCAAUGAUUCGGAGGAGGGCAAGACCAAGCUGGUAGAGUUGGCAGUUUUGCUCAGCUCGGCCUCCCAGCAACAGCGGCGCCCAGCGGACGAUGAUGACCUCGACUGGAACGAUAUGACCUGGGUACCAGACCCAGCGGACGCAGGUGUCAAUUACAAACGACCUAGAAAUGAAGAUGUCAUUGGCACGCUGAUCAAUGCUCUCGGCUCCCAAGACAUUUUCAUCAAAGAGUUUCAACUCAUUCUCGCAGAGCGUCUGCUUUCGAACCAGAGGAGCUUCCUGCAAGAGACCAAGGUAUUGAGUCUUUUGAGGAAGCGGUUUGGUGAAAACGCCCUGCAAAAUUGCGAUGUCAUGAUGAGGGACAUCCAGGACUCGAAGACUGUGAAUUCGGCUAUUCGCCCGAAUCUACACCAACCUCCGGGCAGCACGGAGCAGCUUUAUUAUGAAGCCAAGACUCUCUCGCGACUCUACUGGCCUGGUUUGUCUAAAGAACCGUUCACGGUGCCACGGCCGAUUGCAAUAAUGCAGCGUCAAUACGAGCGAGAGUUCGAGGACCUAAAGGCAUCCCAGAAGCUCACUUGGCUGGACCAGCUGGGCUCGGCAAUCGUCAAGCUGGACUUUGAGGAUCGUUCCGUCGAGCUUGAGUGCAAGACAUACGAGGCUGCCGUGAUCUACGCAUUCCAAGACGAAAACGGCCAAAGCGAAUCCGGACCAGUGCAGCGCAAUUUCAACGACAUCUGGCAACAACUCAUGAUUGACGAAGACCUGCUUGAGGCAGCUCUGAAAUUCUGGGUCAGCAAGAAAGUGCUUCGCGAUGUCGGUCAGCAGAAUUACGUGGUUCUCGAACGGCUGGACAACGAGGGCGCAGCAGACCAGCCAGAUACUGCAGCAGAUGAUCAAGGCCCUGAGGACGACCGCCAGUCAUCUCCACGCAAGGCCAAGAUAGAUUCAAAGGAGCAGGAGCGACGGACUGUCUACUGGCAAUUCAUCGUGGGCAUGUUGACGAAUUCGGCGCCAGCCAUGCCCCUGGCGCAGAUUUUGAUGAUGAUGAAGAUGCUAAUCGCCGAUGGCUGUUCUUGGAGCAACGAGGAACUACAAGAGUUUUUGGGAGAAAAGGUGGCGGAGAAUGAGUUGGAGCUAGCCGGCGGCAAGUAUCGCCUGCCCAAGAAGUGA